CAGGGGCCGCCCGAUAGCAGGGAUCGCCGUGCACUGAACUCAAGGGCGCAGGUACAAGGUGCCCCUUCACAGAUUGGCAAUGAGUCGGUCAUAUCUAUUGGCGAUACACAUUGCUUGAGAUUGGCAUCGACAGGCUGAAGAAGAGGAACACCACUCAGUGAGUCUGCGCACCAGCGUCGCAUACACUCCCACGUGCUCAAGCAGCACAACCCUCCUCAGGCGCAAGGCUAAAGUGCAUAUUGUCACAAAGACGACCCCAUGAUAGCAACCACUACAGCCGCGAAGUCGAUGGCGGAAAUCGCAUAUCGCCCACAUCAUGGCAAUGGCGUCCAUGAUCGAAGGUCUAUAUCAUCCACCACAGGAUCCCACAAGUCGUCCAUAUCACACACGGCUUCACACUAUAAAGUCUCGUCGCAGAGCUCGUUAGCACCGCCAUCACCAAGGGGCUCCCAUAUUUCCCAACGUUCCUCGCAAAGGAUAUCUCCAGUGCCUGAAGAUGGUCCAUAUCGUCCUCAGAAACGUCUCAAGUCACAAUAUCCCCUACAAUCAGCCGAGCCUCAUGUGGAAUAUAUUCUGGUCGCAUCCUUCGACAUUGACAGAGGUCCCAUCAUGGAGCAUCAGUUCCCUGGUGCCAUUAGUCCAGAUGAGAACAUGUUGGCCGAAUUGAUGCUGCCCGAUCAGACACAUGUUCGGCAGCAGGACUGGACGAUGUUCUUCCUCCACAAAGACGCAGGCACAAAUGAAGAAGAGGAGGCCGAAAAAGAGGCCAGAAGAAAGCGCAGGGCGGCCAGAAGACACGCCAGUGGGGUCGCGGAAGGGGAGGACUAUGACGGAGACUCGAGCAGUGAUGAGAGUGACGCAGGGAGCAUCGACAACCCACCAUUGAUGUACGUCUUGAAUUUGGUCAAUACCAAGCAAGACAGUACGGUCAAGAGAGGUGCUGUCGUCAAGGCCAUGGCUAUCUGUACAAGGCACUCCUUCCUGCACAUAUACAAGCCCCUGCUGCUCCUGGCUUUGGAGGACUACUUCAAGUCGCCCACCCCAGACACGCUGGAGCUGUUAUACAACUCUCUCAACGCUAUGGAUCUGUCUCUGAUGCCGCGACUAUCAUCGCUCGAGCGCCACAUCCUUCAGGCGAGUGACACCAAAGAUAUGUUCGCUGAGAAAUUCGAACAGAUGAUCUCCCAGCGUUUGGCCGAUGAUGCUUCUGCCAACAGGCUUGACCCGCCGGGUUCACCAGGAAGGUCAGAACCAAAGUAUACUGUGCCUCGGGACACUCACGAAUUUGAGUCGAAGAUAGUAUACAAUGGCAUCCCGAUACCAGUGAAGAUACCCACCGCAUUGUCUCCCGAGACGGUGGGUGACUUUUCCCUCAUCAAGCUGGUCCAAAUUUUCGGCAAUCCGCACAUGUCACAACCUCAACCGUUUGCACUGCAUCCUCACCUUACCACUUCGGGAGCAUACACUCAUCCAGUCGUGGUUCUGAUUAAUGCCAUGCUCACGCAGAAACGAGUGAUAUUUCUCGGUCACAACCGCCCUUCUGGCGAGGUGGCCGAGGCUGUUCUUGCAGCCUGUGCAUUGGCUUCUGGUGGUGUCCUGCGUGGAUUCACGCGGCACGCUUUUCCAUACACCGAUCUGACCAAGAUUGACGAGCUUUUGAAGGUACCUGGUUUCAUUGCUGGGGUCACGAAUCCCGCGUUUUCGUAUCAUCCCGAAUGGUGGGACUUGAUGUGUGACCUCCCGUCAGGAAGGAUGAAAAUCUCGUCUUGUAUCGAACCGGCUCCUGCCACGGAGGGCACGACAUAUUUCCAACAGCACGGCCAUACUGUGCUCAAUCAGAAAGAUCCAGCUCACACGGAUGCCACCCGAGAUAACCUUUUCAUGGAAGAAAUCACGCGCAGCAUAGCCUCACGUGCAGGAGAAUCGAUCGUCAGGGCCAAAUUUCGAGCUUACAUCACCAAGUUCACACGCAUUGCAGCGGCUUUCGAGGAGACGGUGUAUGGAGCGAGUCCUCUCUCGGUGAUUCCUCCGACCGAGGUGGACAAAGUGCAGUCCCCUCUGACAGCCAUUGCUCGCCCUCGACCAAUGUCAAUGAAGACCUCCAGUCAAAAUCUCAAGGGCCAUGGCUAUGUAUGGCCUAGCGACGAGGCAAAAAUGCGAGAACUAUCGGCGUCGGCGGCCAGAAUUGAAGGAUGGAGGAAUACUCGGUCCUAUCAUUCCUUCAUUCUAGAUCUGGCCAGUCAGUCGCAAGACCUUCCAUCACCCACUUCGCCCGUGAGCAUGACCAAGAUGCUUGCACGAGAACCUAGCAAGCCUUACAUUGACCUCUAUCAUUCUUUGUCCAAGCUUCGUGUUUUGCGUCUCACACCAACCGAAGCUGGCGCGCUCUACCUCGCUCUUGACGCGUACUGCACUGACUAUGAGAGCAUCCUGGAGCUGCUGGAAACGGCACCACUAUCUGAAGCGGGACUUUUCUACAUUGGACUCGGCCUUUGGCAUGAAGAUACAAGAGUCAGGACCGCUGUUGCGAGUCUUCUCGACCGAAUCAGGAAGCAUCCUGCUGGCCGAGUGUUCUUUAGUCGUCUGGGAGGGUGGGCGAACAUGGGCUUCAAGAGAUCCUUGCAGGAGAAGGAAGCCAAAUCUCGUGAGCAACAACAAGAGGUUGGAGGCAUCAUGGAGCCUCUGAAUACUCUCAGCAACAGGACAACCAGGCGUAGUUGACGAAGUCACCAUGUGGUAUUGCAUGGAUUAGGAAGCAAUAAAGGUGAUGAUAUCUGCUGGACGAAUGAUGACGAGAGCCUGUCAAAUGGGUAGGAUUAUGGAAGGCCUCAUUACAACGACCACCAAUAAUGAUUAACGACAGUUGAUGACCUGAU